AUGGAGGAGAUCCGAGGUGCAGGACGUGGUUCCUACAUCUGGGGCCGGAGUGUACAUAACAUUCGCAUCGAACGACUGUGGGUAGACGUCACCGCAGGCUUUGGCAACAAAUGGAAAGAGCUUUUCCGCUUACUGGAGGCCUUGCAUGGUCUCGACGUGGACAACGAUGCGCAUAUAUGGCUUUUACAACAUCUAUUCCUGGUGGCUAUCAAUGCGGACGCGUCAAACUGGGCCGCGACAUGGAAUCAACACGCUGUUUCACGGCGUGGAGAACGACACAUGUCCCCCAUGCAAAUGUAUAUCCACGGGCUAGCUGACCAUGGUCAACGCGGCAUCUUCCCCGAACGCCUGGACACCAUGCCCAGUGGCUCCCCUGCUGUAGACUAUGCUGACUAUGGUAUCGACUGGGAUGCGCUUGAUCGUCCAGUCAUACGCACACACCAUAACCAGCACAACCCGCAUGAUGGAACAAAUCCCUUCCUGAUCGACAACCCCUCUGGUCUCUCACAUGUGGAGGUUCCGGAUCCUCGCUGCCCUUUCUCGCCUGAGCAGGUUGCUCUGUUGGACACCCAUCUUCGACACCUCCCCUGCUUCGGUAGGGAAAACAUGCAGGCAUGUGCAGAGCUCUGGAUUGCUGCUUUACAGAUAGCUCAAAACAUCGUGUAG